AUAAGUAGGCAAAAAAAAAAAAGUAAUUAAAAGCCGUCAUAUUACAGCCCCAGCAUUGAAGAGUCAGGGUCUAACAAGUCAGACUGACAGUAAUCUUAGUCAGCAUGUUUAGAAAGUGAUAUUCCUUGGAAUGUCUUGCUUGAACAUUUCUAUUUAAUCCCUACUGUGUGUAACGUGGGAAUUAUGUUGUACACAAAGAGCAGCCUAGAAAUCCGAACAUUACUGGGGAGUUCUGAGGGUUCUCUUGUCCAAUAACGAGGAAUUUCUAGCUAGCUUCGAAGUACUUUGUACAGUGAAUAAAACUUCAAAUCUAAACAAACUUGGGUCUGUCAACUGUGUCCCAUUACCACCUAAAGUUCCAAAAAACACAAUAUUGCAACGUUGACAUAGAAAACGAGUGGGAUGCUCUCAGUUACAGCAACAGAUCCUACAAGAAAGGUCUCUCUUUUACACACAAACACACACUAGGAGACACACACACACAUUAGGGCAGCAGAAAAGACAGCAACUGUGGAACCAUGUGUUGAACACGGCAGCUGCUGAUUGGCCUGUGGAGGUGUCUGUGGGAGUCGAUGGCAGACCUGUGCUGGACGCAGAGCAGAGCCUCCUAUUUUUACCCACACUCAACCCGAUUAUAACCCAACAGCUGUCCCCACAUCUCUUGUCUGUCCCCUGUCAGGAAUAGCCGGCCCAUAAGAGGCCUCACCCCCUCUCUAGCUCUAGCACUGCUGUCUCUCUCUUUCUCUCUUUUUGUCCCCCUCUCUCUCUGGAAACUUAUACCGGCUUUUUUACGUUUGUCUGCUUCCUGAUUUUCUGGGUGACACCUGAGGAAAUACAAGCAUUGUGGAAAUACUUCAAAGCAGCUUCCUUCCAUAUCGUCAUCAUCUCACCAAUCACAGCCCAUGACAGCAGAUCAGUCAACAUGGCAUUCUCAUCCCGCUUUUCCUUCUGGGAGCAAAAGAUCAAAGACGAGAACAAGCCAGGCAGCACAACUUCAGAGACAGACGGACUGUCCAACAGGGCCAACUCAGUGCCAGCUCUAGACCCCGGCAGGGGAAUAUUCCGGGUUAAAAGUCCCCCGCCGUUAUCACCUAAAGAUUCAGCAACAAGGGUCAGGAGUCCGUCCCCACCUAAAGCCAGGACACCUGUCAAAGUUCCAGCGCGCCAAGAGACAUUGUCAAAGGCAGGAGAGUCACUAACCAGCCUUGAAACAACCCAGGUUUCCAAAAGUCCAGAGCCAACAAUGAACAAUGGCAAACAGCAAAAUGGCGUCGCGGGUAAAAGCAUAGCCAAUGGUGCACACAUUAGUGAUGUCAAACUUCCAGGCCAUAGCACUAACCAAACGGAUGCCAUGGAUGAUCAGGGACUAACUCGUAAGAAAGUGGUGAAAGUGGUUCGCCGUGUUGUAAGGAAGGUUCUGCCGACAGAUGAAGAUGACAAGUUUGUUACUAUGCCAGCUGCAGUGUCUAAAACCCCAUCAAUCCCAGGGUUCUCUUUUAAACAUGAUGUUGUCAAAACAGAGGAGAGAGACGACAUCUCUCGAGGCCUGACAAACCUCAUGGUCAGAGGCAGAACCAGGGAACCACGUCCAAGAGUACGCCAUGAUGAACGGCCGGAAAAGUUGGAGUUGGAGAGGAAGAAUGACAAAAUGGAAGAAAGAGUUGAGCAAAAAGAAACAAAAGAAGAGGACAAGUCAACAGUCAAACCACAGGAAGUGAAAAACAAACUAACAGACCCUGGCCCUGCUACACAGGGUCUGAAAUCGAAUGUAAACACAGCCAACACAACUCCUGUGAGUCCAACCUCAGCACCUUCCACAUCCCCUCAUUCCAGACCUUCUUCAUCAGAGGUUGCUCCAAAUCGAUUUUCAAAGUCAUUUAACUCAUUUCUGCCUCCUGUGUCCCCCACCAAAACCACACCAACAAACCCUCCUCGUCCGCCCUCCUCAGUAGCCCAAAAAGCCACUGCUCUGUCUCCUCCACCUCGGUUUAUCCCCCUCUCCAAACCCCCUCAAGUUUCAAACCCCCCUUGUCCAAGUCCUGCUUCAUUCGCUCCCAGAGUUCCUCCUGUUCAACAGCCUGCUGUUAGCCAUCAAGAGGAGGCGCUGCUUAGUCCCACAGAGGAGGCUCAGAGACGCCUGAUGAGGAUCUUCAAUGCCCCUGUAAAUCUCACUCCUGUCUAUGUCUAAAUUGUUGAUCGUCUCUGUCACCUUGUUUCAAGAAAAUGGCCAACACUAACACACUCAUUGCUUGUCGCGGCUUGCUUAGAGGCACAAAGCAGGUGGAAGUAUUGACACGGUGUUUGUCACCCCUGACUGGGGGCAACAGUUGGUCUGCCAGCUGUAAGUCAUGACGUAGUGAAAUUGUAUCCCUGCUGCUUGUGUCCUGGCUACAACUCUAACCCUCAUUUCUGUUACUCUAAUCCUCUGGGAUUCGUCCAACACUUACUCACCGCUGUUCUAGUUACCUCAGUAUAACUGGUCACACAAGGGAAAUGUGCUAUUCAAAUUAUUAUGGGUUACCUAUGUGGAUCAUUGAUCACAGAUGAAAAAUAUAAUCUAUCAAAAUGUGCCUUAUACUGAGACUAUCAAACAUUUUUUUAAUAGUAUUACUAUAUGGAUAAAUUGUGAUCAAUCAAGAUGAAUCUUUCUGAAAAUUUCCAUGAAGUUGUAGUUUUUAACUUUAGCUUUAACUUUUUAAUUAUUUUUUCCCAGAGGCUUCCUGCUUUUGUGAUUGGUGUUUUUUUUUGCAGAUGAUUAUUAAAGCAGGAUUAAACACGUUUUCACUUUUGUCAUUUUGCCAGAACCAAAUUCCCUAAGCUAACCUGAAAUAACUGCACGGAAGAGAUGAUCCUCAAUUUUUAGGACAAAAAAGCUACAGUAGCUGUCUAGCUAGUUGAGAGUUAAAACAUACACUAUAUGUUUUUUUUGGCUAGAAAACAGAUCAUGCUUCCACUAACAUCCCAGCUUUGGGCACAGUCUCUCACCAUUGCUUAUUAUUUCACAGUCAUUUGUGUGUUCCUGCUCUUUUGUUUUGUUUUGAUGCACUUCAUUUUCUAUUCCCACAUUUAACUCGUCUGCUUCAUUCUCCAUUCUCCGUCCUUACUCCCAUUCUCUCCUCUUGCUUUGUUUGUGUUACAUUUGGUGCGUUUUCUCUGUGGCUGAUUUGUGGCAAAGCUGGAACCUGCAGUCAAUGUUUCAUCCUGUGUUCAAGCCCCUGACCCUGCUUCCCAGCAGUGUUCCGUCCAGGUACAGCAGCCUUUUGCUCUUCUCUGGGCCUUCGUGACUAAAAAGUGAAUGUGUCACUGG